AUGAGAGAUCAGCUGGAACAUGUAGUCAUACUCUUAGAAAAUAGAAAGCUAGCUAUGGCCAGAGAUCAACUUGGAGCUACCCCUCUGCAUAAAGCUGUCUGGUUUGGGCAUUACAAAAUUGCCCAUUAUAUCAGUCACCAAUUUCCAGAGACACUAAAUGCUAUAGACAUGGAGGGACGAACUGCUCUUCACUAUGCAGCAGCAUUAAAAGAUAAUAGGAACAUGUAUGGCAUAUUGAUUGAAGCAGGCGCAAAUAAAGGUAUAUUCGACAACAAAGGGAAAACUGCUGAUUAUUACUCUCAAUAUCCGGAACACUUAAAUUUAGAAGAAGUAAUCAAGAGAUGUCACAAAGUAAACGCUAACUACCUUGCCAACACAGCUAGCAGAAUAAAAGGAAAAUCACCAGUUAGGCAAUCCCCUCCUCCAAGCAACGGAAAUUCAAGCAGUCCUCGUUCCGACGACAAUCCAUCCAGUAAAGAAACAAGUCAAAGCAACGAUAGUGGUAAUGAAAAUGAAAUGGUUUCCAUUCUUCAAAAAGAAAAACUUGCCAAAAGGUUGGAUAUGAGUAGCGCAAACAUUAGGAGAUGGGUGAAUGCUAAAGAUAUGGACAAAUUAACAAAAGCGGUGAUGGAAGGCUAUGGCGAUAAGGUUGUUCGAGUAAAUACUACUGACGAUUCCGAAGAAAAGGAUCAAAUAUCCGGAAAAAUUACAGAGAUAGUUGAAAGAAUUAAUGCCAUUCACACUGCUGUAUCCAGUGACGAUUUAUCAGAGCUUCAAACUCAUCUGGAAGAAAAGGACUAUGCAUUAGCGAAAGAUCAUAUGGGCAUGACCCCUCUACAUAAAGCAGUACUUUUAAAGAAGACGAAGAUUGUUGCAUUUCUUAUUGAAAGGUUUCCAGAAACUAUUAAUGCCAAGAAUAAGAAUGGGCUUACUGCGCUUCAUUAUGCAGCUGCUAUGUCUAGAAAAGAUGGCUUACAAUUGUACAAAAUGCUUUUACAAGCAGGAGCUGAUCCUAAAAUUCGGGAUAACCAUGGAAGGACACCCGAUUAUUACAAAACUCAUCUCAUCACAAUGCCCAAAACAGGAAUGAUGAGGUCAAGGCAAGCAGGAGGACGGCAUCCAGAAACAUUGAACCGGUACAGCAAACAAGGUGGUGAGUAA